AUGCUGGCCCAGAGUUUUCCCAACAGUCAUUUCGUCGGUCUUGACAUUGACCAGUGCAACGUGGAUUGGGCCUAUAAGGAUGUAGCCACGCUUGGUCUGAAGAACCUUGAGUACGUCUGCGCCGACGCCUCUGCGAUGCCUAACGACUGGACCUCGACUUUCGACUACGUUUUCUUCUUCAACCUCCUCCACGACACACCCCGACCUGACCUGAUCAUUGAUGACGUCAAGAGAGUGAUGAAGAAGGAUGGAAUCAUGUCGGUGAUCGAGCUGUAUGCUGAAUCGAAACACGCCGAUAACCUUGGAGAUCCGAACGCCUCGUUUAAUUACACCGACAGCUUGUUUUACUGUCUGCGAUGUCCAACAACCAUCCUGGCUCCAUGGCUCUAG